AUGAACGUCAGGAGAGGCAUGCGCAUGCUGACCAAAAGGCUACAAAUACAAUCGUCCGUCAGAUCGCAUGCUCCAUAUCGGCUCGCGUCGUCGCGCAGCCCGCAGAAGAAUGAAGAACCCAGAGGCGGCACCACCACACCUGUACCCGAUGAAGCCUCGAUUGUUGUUUCAAAGUCAGCAUACUAUUUCGAGGCCGGCUAUGGCCUCUUCGCCAAACGACCAUCACGACCUUUUCCGCCGCCCUUCUUAUCACCACCCUCGGGUUCCUUCUCAGAUCCACUGAGUACCCAUGACCGAAGCCGCGACCGCCGCCCGUCUGUGAACGGUGACAUGAUCCGUGGGAUCACGAACGGUGACGAUGCCGUCCUGGUCAGCGACAACUUCAUAGGCGCAAACGACGGUGUAGGAGCAUGGGCUAGUCGUGAAAGAGGACACGCUGCCUUGUGGUCGCGCCUCAUACUCCACUUCUGGGCCCUGGAGGCCGAGAAAGAUGUAUACGGAGACGAUUCGGAGCCGGAUCCUGUCACAUACCUCUCCAAAGCUUACCAACAGACCAUAGACGCAACCAGUAAACCCAACGAAUGGUUUGGCACCACUACUGCUUGCGGUGCCCUCUUGCAUACCGAUACCAACAACCCACCCCAUCCUAUACUCUACGUAACCCAGCUUGGUGAUUCUCAGAUACUGGUCAUACGACCAGAAGAACGCGAAGUCAUCUACAAGACUACUGAGCAAUGGCACUGGUUCGACUGUCCACGGCAGCUUGGCACCAAUAGUCCUGAUGUGCCCGACAAGAAUGCCGUCAUGGACAAGAUCACCAUCGCAGAAGACGACAUCAUUCUAGCCAUGUCUGACGGCGUUGUGGACAACCUCUGGGAACACGAAGUUGUCGACAAUGUCCUGCAAAGUAUGGAGAAAUGGCAAUCCGGCAGUGUUCCUCAAGUGAUGCGCUCAGACGACCAAAGCACAUACGCAGGGGGUAUGCAAUUCGUUGCCCAGGAGCUUGUCAAAGCAGCUCGCACCAUUGCCCAAGAUCCAUUUGCAGAGAGCCCGUACAUGGAACGUGCAAUUGAAGAAGGUCUCUCGAUAGAGGGUGGGAAACUUGACGACAUCAGCGUUGUCGCGGCUGUUUGCAAAAAGCGGAUUGGCAGAUGA